AUGGCCGUCGUCUGCAACGCGCUGCACUGGACCGACGCGCCCGCCGUCAUGGCCAACCUGGCCGCCUCGCUGCGGCCCGGCGGCACCUUUGCCUGCUGCAUGCAGGCCUUCCGCGUCAACUUCCCCGAGAGCCCGGCGCUGGACGCGCUGUGGCUCGAGGCCACGGAGGCGGUCAUGAGCCGGCUGCACGCGGAGGGCGCGCUCAGCGAGGCCAUCCUGACGGGCAUCCGCAACUGCUACGCCGGGUACGACGGCGCGGCGGUGCCGGCGGAGCACUUCACGGACGUCCGGAGGUGGCACGUCAACGCUCGCGCGGGCGACGCGACACCGUACAGGUUCACGAAGAAGGGCGAGUUUGAGGAGAACCCACGGCGGGUGCGGGACGGCGAGGAGAGGGAGGGGUGGACGUCAGACGAGGGGUGGAGGAGGAGGGUGGACACGGAGUGGCUGCGAGGGUUCUUGCGCACGACGACGCUGCCGCCGGAUGACGAGGUCUGGAAGAUGCCGGCAUGGAGGGAGCUGGAGAGGGUGAUUGAGGAGGAGUUUGGCGGCGAGGCGACGGCGGAGUGGCCGGUGUAUAUGCUUCUGGCGACGAGGAGGUGA